AUGUCGCAAGUAAGAGAAGCGUUUGAUGUGGCCUAUGACAAUAUUAAUGCAUUUCAUGCUGCUCAAAGGAUUCCUGAGAAGGAGAUUGAGAAUAUAAAAGGGGUGAGGUGCAAAAGAAUAGCACGGUGCAUUGCAUCUGUUGGCCUUUAUGUUCCAGGGGGUACUGCAGUCUUACCCUCAACUGCUUUGAUGCUCUCGGUGCCUGAACAGAUUGCCGGGUGCAAAACCAUUGUUCUAGCAACUCUGCCUGGUCGUGAUGGCAGUAUUUGCAAGGAAGUGUUAUAUUGUGCAAAGAAAGCUGGCGUCACCCACAUUCUAAAAGCUGGGGGAGCUCAUGCGAUCUCAGCGAUGGCUUGGGGAACAUCAUCUUGCCCAAAGGUUGAAAAAAUUUUUGGGCCAGGAAAUCAAUAUGUUACUGUUGCAAAAAUGAUUCUUCAGAAUAGUGAAGCCAUGGUUUCCAUUGAUAUGCCUGCUGGCCCUUCAGAGGUGCUGGUCAUCGCCGAUAGACAUGCCAAUCCAGUUCACAUAGCUGCAGAUCUACUCUCUCAGGCAGAACAUGGUCCUGACAGUCAGGUAGUUCUUGUCAUUGCUGGAGAUGGUGUUAAUGUUGAUGCAAUUUUAGCUGAAGUGAGCAAACAAUGUGAUAGCCUUCCUAGGGGAGAAUUUGCUUCAAAAGCACUUGGUCAUAGCUUUGUUGAUGAUUUAGACUCGGACGAUGCUAUGGAGGAGGUCCUUGCCUCUGUUCCAGGAGUUGCACAUAUGUCCUUGCGCGAGUGGGUCCUUCACUUGGAGGAGUUUGUCCGUGAGGAGUUUCGGGGCGUUCGCCAGCAGCAGACAAAGAUGUUUGAGAUGAUGCAGCGUUAG